AGAUAUCUUUUAAUUUAAUCUCGUUACAUCUAUCUCGAGUAUUCUUUUUUUAAAUAACAUUCUAAUAAUGAAAUGUUUUCAAGAGCGAACUGAUAACACAACGGGUAUAUUAAGGAGAGCACCAAAUCGAAGGUAGUUGUAAAAAAGACGAAAAUGUUGAUGAAAGCUUUAGUUUUUGUCGCAACGACGUUCGUUGUUGCUAAUUGCGUUGAAUUCCGAAUUCGCAAUAACGAAAUUGGGGCAAUUUGGGUUGGUAUUCUUGGAAACGCUAAUAAAGCUCCACUGGCCAACGGAGGAUUUGUAUUGGAAGCUAAUAGCGAGACAAGUAUUCAAGCUCCGGAUGAUUGGGCUGGCAGAUUCUGGGCAAGAACUUGGUGUAAUUACGACACUCAAUAUUGUGAAACAGGAGAUUGCGGUUCUAAAUUAGAAUGCAAUGGAAACGGUGGUGCUCCCCCAGUUUCUUUGGCAGAAAUCACUCUUAGAGGAUGGGGUGGUCUCGAUUAUUACGACAUCUCAUUAGUUGAUGGAUAUAAUUUAAAAGUCUCGAUGGAACCAAUAAAUGGUGGUGGUGUUGAUGGUGACUAUGGUUGUAAAAAAGCUUACUGCGAUUAUUACAUAAAUAACGAUUGUCCAAGUGAAUUACAAUUGAUUGGAAGUGCUGGAUAUGCUAUUGGUUGUAAAUCAGCUUGUUUGGCUUUCAACACUGAUCAAUAUUGUUGUCGCGGAGCACAUGGAACGCCUGAAACUUGCAGAUCAAGUGAUUGGCCAGUAAAUUAUCCCCAAUUUUUCAAACAGAGAUGUCCUGGGGCUUAUAGUUAUGCUUAUGAUGAUACUACAAGUACUUACACUUGUAUUGCAAAUGGUUAUUACAUCGUUUUUGGUUAAAUAAUAAUGAUGUGAGGAAAUACAAAUAAAAUUUCAUACUUACAUGUG